AUUUUGCAUUUCCGGGAGGAGGGUUGCAUUGUUUGCCAACAGCCCUCCUCCCUGUCAAUUCGGGCACACUUCUCUGGAUGGUUGAGCAGAGCCAUCCAGAGCAGUGUGGUUACAGUGAAGCUCCCCCCCCUAGUAAAACAUUCCCAUCACACAGUUAACCCUUUGAUUGCCCCUCAUGUUAACCCAUUCCUGCCCAGUGCCAUUAGUACCGUGUCAGUGCUUAUUUUUAGCAUUGAUCACUGUAUUGGUGUCACUGGGGAUGUCAGUGACACCAAGUCAGUUCCCCCCAGUGUCAGAAUGCCUGCCGCAGUCCCGUUAUAA